GAAAAUUAUAUAUCAUUAAUAUCUCAUAGCGAAGUACAAAUUUUUAUUUUUAUAACAAGAUUGUAGUAUUAUAUAUAUCUGUAAAUAAACAAAUUAAUAUAACUAAAAUUACACCUACGUUAAUGAAAACGUGACUUCCUCCGAGGAGAAAAGGCGGGAAAAUGACUAAACCAUGCCACUUGUAUAGGUUGAGAGUGACUUGGUAAAUACUCACUGGGAAGGUACACAAAAUGACAUACUAAGUUGAUUAAUAACAUUUUUUAAUUUUAUUUACUCAGUAUUAUAUUUUCCUUACGUCAUAAGUUUUAAUUUUGAAUUUAAAAUGGACAGUGACAGCAAUCUUGACAAUAAUCCUAACUUAGAUCUUUUAUGUGAUUUGUUAGUUAAUAGUGAUACGGAAGAAAAUGAGAAAGUACCACCACCACCACUGCCACCACAACCAAAAGUUCAAACAUUGAAAGAAUUAGACUUUAAUUUUUUAGAUAGUACUUCUGAGAUAAGUAAUAAAAAUAAAUCUGUUAAUCUGAAAAACAAAAGUGAAGUUUAUGAUGAAAAUCUUGAUUCUUCGGAUGAUGAAGAUAGGCGUCAUUUUGAAGAACAAAAAUAUUCUAAUUAUGGACGUGAUAUAAAAUCCUUGUUAAAGAAAGAAAGUAUUAAGGAAAACGAAAAUGAGUUGGCACCUUGUAAAGCAAAUUCUAAAACAUUUGACUUCGGUGCUGUAAAACGUAGUACAAAUGUAAAUACAACAAGUAAUAACAAUACUAUUGUAUCAAAAGAUAUUUAUUGUGAUCCAUUUUUUGGAUUGAGAAUUGUUACUCCACUUGUGUCUUCUGCAGAGUUAAAAACACAUAUGGAUGGCAAAGUACCAGUAACAGUAUCAAAAAUUAAACUUCAUAUUAACUUAGGGAAAACAGAGAGUAAUUGGGUAAUUGCAGGAGUACUAGUAAGUAAAUCUCCAACAAAGACUACUCAAAAAGGGAGCUCGUAUUCCAUAUGGAAAAUAAGUGAUUUAUCUGAAAAUAUCAAUACAGUAUGUGUUUUUAUGUUCAGUAAUGCGCACAAAACAUUUUGGAAAACUACUGUUGGAACUGUGAUAGGUAUUCUUAAUCCCAAUAUCUUAGAAUCAAAAGAUAAUACUGAUUUAGCCACGUUAUCUGUCGACAAUCCUCAAAGAAUUAUGAUUUUUGGUAAAUCUAAGGAUUUAGGAAAAUGUAGAUCGGUAAAAAAAAAUGGUGAACCAUGUAAUGCAAUAGUAAACACUAGUCGUUGUGAAUUUUGUGUGUACCAUGUUCAACAAGAAUACAAGAAGUGUUCUCGUAGAGCAGAACUUCAAGCAUGUUCUAAUACACAGAAAUUUUCAGUAGACAUGCUAAAAAAUAAGAAACAACAAAAAAAACCACUUAAUAAUAAUAACAAUAUGCCAGAGUUUCAUGCUGUUGUUGCGGUAAAGAAUAAACAGUUAGAAGAGAAAGAUGCUAAGCGUUUAGCAUUACUUUCAGGUAGUCAGAAGAUUCUAAGCUCUGAUACAAAAUUAGUGGACAGUCUAAAAUGCAGAAUGGUAGAGUCACCAGAGCAAGACACAAAGAGGAGUUUUGAAGAAAUAAGUAGAUCAAGGGGUUGGAAAGCUGCUAUACAAUCUCAAUUACCUACUGAGAAACCUAUACAAAUAUCAUCUACUUUAUUAAAGAUGAAUGCUGGUAAACUGAAUCAUAUGGAAAAAAAAGAUUUGAGCAUGCUUUCACAUUCUCCUUCAAAUCCACGAUUAGGUGCUGGUUGCCUUGGAGGAACAAUAGACUUGUCACAACCUAUAACUAAAAGACAAAUUAACGUAGCAAAAAGUAAUGCGAUUAAAUGGGUUCAAGAAAAUGGAAAAAUUAAGGCUAAGGAUCCUAAUAAAACACGAUUAAAUAAAGAAGAGAAAAUAGAAAAAGGAAAGAAACGACCAAGAGAAUCAGAAAGUUGCGAUGAACAUGAAACGAAAAGACCAAAUGCGCUAUCAGACAAAUUUAAAGAAAUAUUGCAAGCUAAAUCUGCUCACACUGACCUUAUUGAAAAGUCUUAUGAAGAAGAAAAAGAAAAGUACUUUAAUAAGUUAGAAAUGAAAGAAAAAAUGGAGGAAAAAAUGUUAACUACUUAUAAAGUACCUUGUAAAGCUGUUAGAUGUUUAGUAUGUAAAUACACAUCAUUUUCCGCUUCUGAAAUGUGUAAAGAGCAGAAUCAUCCAUUGCGUGUUACCGAUGCAGUGAAAAGAUUCUUUAAGUGUUCAGAUUGUGGUAAUAGAACUGUAAGCUUAGAUAGAAUACCUUCGCAUAGUUGUAUAAAAUGCAGCAAUUCAAAUUGGAUAAAAGCUGCAAUGAUGGAUGAAAGAAAAACAAAUGUUCAUGUUAUUCCAUUAUCUAUACGUGGUGACGAAGAAACAUAUCUAGGUUCAGGAGCUAAAGAUGCCAAUCUUAAUCUCUUGGUUGGAGACAAAAAUAACGAAUAAUAUCAUGUUAUAUAUAAUAAAUUCAACUUUCUAAAAUAUUAAUCAUAUUUGACUGACUAUUUUCUAAAUCUUUAUCGAACUUUUAUACCAUAUAUUGUAAGUACAGAUAACUCCAUUUUUAUUGUCCUUAAUAUAAAUAUUUUCUUCAAUUUAUGAUAUAUACAAAUAUAAAAAAAUCUCAAAUAUAUAUCUGUUAUGAAUGUUAUUUUAUAUCUUUAUAAAACUAAUAUUAUUCUUCAAAUAAAGGAAUAAAUAUA